AUGAACAGCGAAAAGAAGAAAGAUCCAACAAACGUUAGCUAUAGAUUUAUAGAUUUAGAUAUAGAUUUAGAUAUAGAUUUAGAUAUAGAUAUAGAUAUAGAUUUAGAUAUAGAUUUAGAUAUAGAUUUAGAUAUAGAUUUAGAUAUAGAUUUAGAUAUAGAUUUAGAUAUAGAUUUAGAUAUAGAUUUAGAUAUAGAUUUAGAUAUAGAUUUAGAUAUAGAUUUAGAUAUAGAUUUAGAUAUAGAUUUAGAUAUAGAUUUAGAUAUAGAUUUAGAUAUAGAUUUAGAUAUAGAUUUAGAUAUAGAUUUAGAUAUAGAUUUAGAUAUAGAUUUAGAUAUAGAUUUAGAUAUAGAUUUAGAUAUAGAUUUAGAUAUAGAUUUAGAUAUAGAUUUAGAUAUAGAUUUAGAUAUAGAUUUAGAUAUAGAUUUAGAUAUAGAUUUAGAUAUAGAUUUAGAUAUAGAUUUAGAUAUAGAUUUAGAUAUAGAUUUAGAUAUAGAUUUAGAUAUAGAUAUAGAUAUAGAUUUAAAUAUAGAUUUAGAUAUAGAUUUAGAUAUAGAUUUAGAUAUAGAUUUAGAUAUAGAUUUAGAUAUAGAUUUAGAUAUAGAUUUAGAUAUAGAUUUAGAUGUAGAUUUAGAUAUAGAUUUAGAUAUAGAUUUAGAUAUAGAUUUAGAUAUAGAUUUAGAUAUAGAUUUAGAUAUAGAUUUAGAUAUAGAUUUAGAUUUAGAUAUAGAUUUAGAUAUAGAUUUAGAUAUAGAUUUAGAUAUAGAUUUAGAUAUAGAUUUAGAUAUAGAUUUAGAUAUAGAUUUAGAUAUAGAUUUAGAUAUAGAUUUAGAUAUAGAUUUAGAUAUAGAUUUAGAUAUAGAUUUAGAUAUAGAUUUAGAUAUAGAUUUAGAUAUAGAUUUAGAUAUAGAUUUAGAUAUAGAUUUAGAUAUAGAUUUAAAUAUAGAUUUAGAUAUAGAUUUAGAUAUAGAUUUAGAUAUAGAUUUAGAUAUAGAUUUAGAUAUAGAUUUAGAUAUAGAUUUAUAUAUAGAUUUAGAUAUAGAUUUAGAUAUAGAUUUAGAUAUAGAUUUAGAUAAUUCUUCUUUUAUCAGCUCACAUUCUAUAGACUACUUAAGACUAAUUCCAGCCGUACAACUAGUUACAAUUCAGAAUCUCAUCAAAAUCUCUAAGACAAGUUUAGCAACCGGCAUCGUCAUAACCGCAUCGCGUGAAAGACAGGAAUAA